AUGAGACCUCUCCCGGGCUGCCGCCGACGGGCCGUGGCCGUGGGCGCCGCGGCCCUCUGCCUGGCGGCCGCCUGGGCGCUCCAGAGUAAGGGAGUAUCGCUGCUUGUCCCGCAGCCCAACAUCAAUGCAACAGUGGCACAAAACAUCCUCCUCUCAGUUGAAUACUCUUGCAGGGGUGUCGCCACCAUUGAGUGGAAGCAUGUGUCAAGCCGAGGUACCACAAAAAUUGUUGAGUGGAAGAGCGGGAAUUAUGUUAACACAUCCACAGUCUACAAGGACAGAGUGACUAUUUUUGAAAAUGGCUCUAUACAGCUUCUGAACGUGGGUGUGAGAGAUGCUGGCUACUAUUUUGUCACCGUAACAGACGAGUAUGGAAUGAACAUCUACGGGACCAUCGUAGUCAACGUUUACGAGAUUAUUUAUGAAGAUUUACAUUUUGUAGCAGUUUUCUUUGCAUUUCUCACUGGGGUAUCUGCCAUUUUGAUCUGCUUCAUGUGGCUGUGUAACAAAUCCCUGCAUCUAUUCCAGAAGACGACACACAAACUAACAGCAAGCACAACUGAAGAGAUUGAACUGGAAACCAUUGAGUGUUAG